AUGGACGACGGCAGCAACACCGAGGCGGAGCGAUGGCUGAACGCAGCGGCGGAGCUCUUCUCUUCUGGUGACUUCCACGGAACCAGAACCUUCGUGAUCCGAGCUCGAGAGUCGGCACCCGUCCUCGCCCACCAAAUCCUUGCUGUCACCGACACUCUGUUAACCGCCCAAGCUAACCCUCGGGACUGGUACGGCAUCCUCCAACUGGUUCCGUUAACUCAGUCCGUGGAAGUCGUUGAGAAUCACGCGUUUUGGUUCGUUUCGGAAGCGUGGAAUGUGUUGUUGAAUCCUUCUAAGAAGCUUGUCUAUGAUGACGAGUUGAGGUUCCUGCAGUUUGGUCAUGUGAAUUAUUCUGCUGGGUCAAAUUGGACGAGGCAGAUUAAUCAGACAGGUUUAACUCAUCCGAGUCAGAUUAUCCAGACAGGAUCAGUUCGUGCCAACCAUAUUAGCUGGCCGGAGCCGACACGGUCGAGCCAGACCAAUCGAUCUGAGCCUAUCGGGUCCAGCCAGAUUGAUCAGACAGAGUAUAGUCGGAUUGAGCCAACUCAAUCAGGUCAGAUUAAUCACUCGGCAACUCCUGCUCCUACCAAGGAGGAUAGUCGGACUCAGACAGAACCAACUGGUGCCACUCGGGCUAGUCAAGCUACUCAGUCCGAGGUACCGGAGAACAAUUCGACUCCGGCUAGUCAAUCUACUCAGUCAGAAGGAUCGACUUUCUGGACUGCUUGUCCACACUGUUACUCUCGAUUUGAGUAUCCGAAAGUGUACGAGAAUCGUCCACUAAGGUGCCAGACUAAGGACUGCAGGAAAUCUUUUCAGGCGGUUGAUACCGUCUCCACCAGUUCAGACAGAGCCAAGUGGUCUGACUCGGAAUACCUUUUCGACUCAAGCUAG